CGACCCCCCCGUCCCUCUGUCCUCCGUAGAUUCGCGAGAUUGUAAAAAAAGAAAGGAAGGAAAAUAUCUCAGUUCCUCCCUCUUCUUAUCUCCACACCCAGCGCCCUCUCACGCCACUCACUACCAACUCCCUCGAAACCCUAACCCUAACCCUAGAUUCGCGAUGAAAGGAGGGAGAUCGAAGGCGGACACCUCGAGGAAAGCCGAUGCGAAGCUUUCGGUGAAGAGGAAAGCAGCUGAAAAGGUGACGAAGAAACCGGUGAAGAAAGCGAAGGCGGUUAAGGAUCCGAACAAGCCGAAGAGGCCUCCGAGCGCCUUUUUCAUCUUCAUGGAGGAGUUUAGGAAGCAAUUUAAGGAGAAAAACCCUAACAAUAAGCAAGUCUCCGUUGUCGGCAAAGCUGCUGGAGAUAAAUGGAAAUCUUUGUCAGCAGCUGAAAAGGCUCCGUAUGAAGCCAAGGCGGCAAAGCGAAAGGCUGAUUACAACAAAACCAUGGUCGCUUACAAUAAGAACUUGUCUGAUGGCGGAGGGAAAAAAGCAGUAGAGGAGGAAGAAGAGGAAGAAUCUGAUAAGUCCAAAUCCGAGGUUCACGACGAUGACGAUGAUGAAGAGAGUGGAGAGGAGGAGGAUGAAGACGAUGAUGAUGAGUGACGAGGGAGCCAAUGCAAAAAAUGGGCCUAGAGACGUGACGACCCAACUUCUCACCCCCUCUGUUUUUUGCUUUGAUUUUUUCUGAAGCCGGGGGGGUUGGGGAGUGGGGUGGGUAACAGAAACUAUGAAUAGGGUUGUAAUUGUAAUAUUGUCGCGAUGAUAUUUCGCCUGCGUGGGCCGAGGGGCGGCUUGGAUGUGGGCCGUUGAUCUACUCUGCCUUUGUAUCUAGCUUUCGCGUUUGAUGUAUUUUAACUUUGAAUUGUUCCUUUAGCUAGUGUUUGGGUUGCCACUAUCA